AUGAAAAUAAUAUUUUUAUCUGUACUAUUACUUUUUAUGUUGGUAUCGGUUGGACAAUCGGAACUCAUUCUUACAGCCUAUAACCCAACCAAUAAUCAUUAUUACCAACGUUAUCAAUUCCCAACAGGAUCUUUCCUAACAGGAUACAAUGCAACUCAAUUUUGUUCAGAUUUACCAGUUGUCAAUGGUACUCAAGCAUACCUUGUAACUUGGACAACCAAUGAAGAAUGGUUAUGGGCACAUAGUGUUGGUAUAGUUACCAUUGAAGCUUCUUGGAUGUCAGGUACUGAUACUCCAUCGGGUAGAGAUGGUGUCUGGUUUUAUAGUUCGGGUCCAGAGCGAGGACAACCUUUAUACAACCUUUAUUUUGAUAAAUGUUAUACUUCUUGUCAAUUUGGUCCAGUUGAGCCAAAUUUAAUUCCAAAUGAACAUUAUUUACAUACUAGUGGAACUAAACUUGAUCCAUAUUGGAAUAAUAAUAAUAAUCUUGCAGCUAUUCCAGCUGUUAUUUGUGAGUAUGGUGGUAUGGAAGAACCAAUUAUGGCACCCGUCUCUACUGCAGGUGGUGAAAUGACUGUCACAAAUUUGGGAGGAUACCAAUUAUCUACUUUAACCAUUACAUUUUCAAAGGUGGGUGAAAGCACAACCUUUACAUGUGGUGGCAUUCAAAUUAUAAACUCUACUGCCGUUACCUGUCAAAUGCCAGCACAAACUGGUAAAUACACAGUUGUUGUCAAGGAUGGUACCAACAAGGUUUCAAAAACCUUCAACUAUCAAUUUGAAAGUCCAUUUGUCUCUUCUGUUUACCCAGGAUACACCCAAGGUUCACUGUUGACUAUAACUGGUACCAAUUUCGGUUCCGAUGCCAGUAAACUUGUUGUCACUGUCGGUUCAUUGCUCACUCCAUGCAAUUCUAUCAAUUUCCUCGUCACCAGUCAAGCUUUUACUUGUAUUCUCUCUGCUUCAUUAUCAGUCAAUAACAAAUUACUUCCAAUUAUAAUGACUGUAGAUACUUUAUCUGUUAGAGCUUAUAAACCUGCUGUUUAUUAUGCUGCAAAUAGAAUGUUUUAUUCAGGAUUUAUUAGUUCUUCAACAUUCCAAGUAACCAUUGCCAAUUAUUCAUCACAACUGAGAGUUGAUGGACAACCAGGUCAUGCAGCUGUCAUCAAUAGUCAAGGAUUAUACGAGUUUUUAAAUAAUACUCUUCCAUUCCCAUUUGGUAGUGCUGUAUGGCUUGCAUGGCAGGGUGCUACAUUUAACCCAGCCACUGGAGGUUAUACCUAUAUGUCUGGUCCCACUAAUGGACAAACUGUACCAGGUGGUAUCUAUACACUCCAGACUCCCGACACUAGUACUUGGACAGCCUCGUCACAACUUUUAUACAACCUCUGGAAUGGUACUUUGGCCAUUUCCGCUGGAGCCGGCUCUACGUUGGUCGAGUAUGGUGGUGAUACCCCACAAUUUAGUGCAAACACUACCAAUAUGGUUGGUACUCAGGGUGGCAACGUAUCCAUGUCGAUGGACAACUAUGGUACUCAGUUUAGUAGUAUCGUCAUUACAUUCCGUGGUGCUACUGUUCCCUAUUUUAGAGACUUUAUCCAAUCCUAUUUGAUUGCCAAUGUACCAAUCGGUAUUGACGGUCCAUACGAGAUUACCGUGUCGAUUGACGGUCGUGCUACACCUACCAAAACACAAUACAUCCAAUACAGUCCACCAAAUGUUGCCACUGUCAACAAAAUCCCCACAACUGGUGGAUUCAUCACCAUCCAAGGUACUAGUUUCUACAACCUAGUCUCUGCUCUCACUCUUGGCGGUAAUUCAUGCGGUGUCUUGUCCUAUGUCACUGCUCACACCAUCGUCAGAUGUCAAAUGCCAGCUGGUUCAGGUAUCUACCCAUCCACUCUAAAGGUCGGUGCACAAGUAUCCAACUCUUUCAACGUUAUGUAUGAAACACCAGUUGUCUCUACAGUCACACAAAACAUUUCUCCAUUGGGUGGUAGUAUUACCAUCAGUGGCAGUAAUUUCUUCAAUGACGCUACUCGUAUUCAGGUCACAGUUGGUGGAGUAGUUUGUAGUAAUGUCAAUAUCGUCACUGCACACACUUCAAUCAGUUGUACAAUGCCAGCUGGUCAAGGUACUAGUUAUGCAGUGGUUGUCACUGUAUCUGGACAAGUAUCCAACAACAAUGUACUCUUUUCCUAUGCUGUCCCGACUAUCACCAAUGUUCGUCAAAUCCAAGAUUACAUUGAAAUCGACGGCAACAACUAUGGAUCUAAUCUAGCUCUUGUCAAUGUUGUCAUUGGUUCGAUUACCAUCACCUCUUCAUGUACACUUCAAUCCAACACAUUGAUUCAAUGCAAGAAUCUUGCUACUACUGUUGUCAGUGGUGUUGUCAGUAUCACCGGUCCAUACCCAACUGCCCCAACCUUUACAUUCACAUUCACCCCCUACUUGACAUCCAUUACUCCAACUGUCAUUCCAACCAAUGGAAAUACAAUCAUCACAAUUAAUGGUAGAUACUUUGAACAAACAUCCAAUGGAGUAUCAAACACUAUCAGUGUUUCUGAUAAUGGAGUAGCAUCAUCUUCUUCUCCACCACAAUAUGUCAGCAACCAAAGAUUAUUAUAUACUAGUCAAUCGGGAACUGGUGUCCAAAAGACAUUGACCGUUUCUGUCGGAUCUAGAGCAUCGAAUGCAUUACAGUAUAGUUAUGGUGCACCAACUCUAUCUGCCACUCAGUCUGGUUUGAACAUGAGAUUGACAGGUACCAACUUUGGUAGUCAACUAGGAUUGGUUUCAGUAAAUAUUGGUGAGCUUGAUAUGACCCAGAUUGCCUAUUCUACCCCACACUCUGUUUUGGAUAUUGUUCUACCAACCAACGUUCAAAAUGGAUUGGUUACUCUAACUGUAGACGGUCAGACUGCUUCUAUUACAAAUUUCAAGUUCCAACCAACUAUUCUAUCGGUACAAAGCCCACCUGUUCUCGGAGGACAAUAUAACAUUACAGGUUAUUUAAUGGCAACUACCAACCAAGCCGGUCAAUCUACCUCUCCAGCAUUUACAGUCAACUCUCAAGCAGUUUCAUGUGCCGUCAUUGGCGAAUCAACCAACACCUCGCCAUACACCUAUCAAUGUCAAAUGCCAGCUGGAUCAGGAAAGGUACCAGCCAUCAUGACCAUUGAUGGAACUUCAUCACCAGCAUUCACCUUUGCCUAUCAAUCCCCAACAGUCCUUACUGCGUCAUCUACCUACUACCAAACACCAGGUCUUGUCACCAUUACUGGAACCAACUUUGCCAAUACUAAUCUAGUAGUAUCUAUACAAUCAGCCAAUUGUCCAAUCAACCAGUUUGUCAAUGACACCUUUUUGGUUGUUUCCUAUGACUCUUCUGUCGUUCCACAAGGUUCAUUAAACGUAUCGGUUACAGUCAAUGGUUUGAAUGGAUGGCGUCAAGCAUUCACCUACUUUGGUCUCAGUAUAACGUCGGCCGAACAAAUUGGUGAAACUGUUGAAAUCCAUGGAAAUGCCUCGUCGGUGACAGGAUGUACUGGAAAUGAUACAUUUAUUCAAUGCGCCACUCUACCAGCCUCUGCGACCAGUGGAUACAUCUCUGUAAAGAAUGGUCCACUCUUUGAUCGAGUCAUGUUGCUCUUUAGACCAAUCCUCACAUCCAUCACACCAGUUUCAAUCCAGACAUCUGGCGACCAAAUUACAUUCCAAGGUAGAUUCUUUGAAGAUUUCAACCCAUCAACUGGUUCCAUGGAACCUAUUCAAGUACUAGUCGAUGGUAAUGCCUUGUCUUCUGUCACAUUGGUCAACGCUCAAUCAUUGAUUCUUGAUGUGCCAGCUGGUUAUGGAUCCGAUCACAUUGUCCAAGUAUCGUCAUUGUCGCUCUUGUCAGAGAAUACUUUUAAAUUCACCUACAACAAUCCACAAAUUGUUUCAGUCGUUCGUUUAGAUGCUUCUGAUUACAACAGUUUAACUAUUAGUGGAUCAGAUUUUAGUGAUAACGCACAAGUUGUUCAAGCUACCAUUGGAGGUGAAUCACUUGUUCUUGUAUCAGUCACUCAUACUGAAAUCAUUGUCACUGUUCCAGAUAGUGCUAGAAAUGGUUUGGUUCAAGUAACAGUAUCUGGUUUGGUAUCUAAUGAAAUUCAAUAUGCCCUACAACCAGUCCUCUUGGCCGUCACACCCACCACCAAGUUAUUAACUUCUGGUGCCAAGGUUACAGUCACUGGUUAUUUCCUUUCAAGCACAGACUCUCUAGAUCAACCAUUACAAUUAAUUAUCAAUCAAAACUAUACCGUCGUCGGUGAGAAUAGAUCAAUUGUAUUCUCAUACUUGUCACCAUCGAUCAAUAGUCCAUACUCUUUGGAACUUUCCAUUCCCAUUGGACAUGAUUCAUUUGAAGUUUCUGCCUAUUAUCCAUCUACCAAUCUCCAAUCAAACUCGAUCUUGGUUCAAUACCACGAACCAAUCGUGACAUCUGCCACACCAGUUCAAAAGAAUGUUGGAGGUGAUGUAACCAUCUAUGGACAAUCGUUUGGUGAUGGAGACAAUCUAACCGUCACUAUUGAUACUGUCGAAUGUACAGACGCCAAGUUGUUGGAUGCCACUGUAGUUUCUCCUCAAAAGAUUGUAUGUCAUUUUGAUGCAAGUGUAGAUACACCACUCAACCAAACACUCAAUGUAACAGUCACUGCCCAUAGUCUUGUUGGUACUGGUGCCGUUUUCCUCUACACCAAAGAGUUGACUUGUCCAAACAACUGCUCUUUGCACGGUAUAUGCCAACCACUCACUGGUAAAUGUCUCUGUGACGCUGGUUACCUUUCCAGCCCAGACUGCUCUACCAAGGAUGAUGGAAAUGUUAAACCAGUCGACCCCAAUGUCGAUCCAAAUGGAAAUACCACCUUCCCAGCCAAGGUUAAUUUCACUAUUGCCAUUAGUCAUCUAAGAGAAAUCAAUCUAUUGGACAAUAGCAUUCUCAAGACACUCUCAACCAAGAACCUCGUAUGGAAUGUAUCAACUGUCUCUGAUAGCCAAAAACUCUACACUGGUCGUUUCCCAACUGACCCAGCCGUUAUUUUGGUGACUAUUACCAAUUUCAAGGAUGCAGGAUCGAUUGUGUUUGCCGGUGAGACCAUCCCAAUCGAACCCAACAGUGUAAAGUAUGAAGUCACUAUCACCGAUUGGGAGUGGGUCCAAGCUCUAAGCACACUCGAAAUCAUCUACAACACCAAGACUGAUAAAAAAUCGACAUUCAACUGUGAGGAAAAGGAUACAGCUCUCACUUCUACUCAAGAUUCGGAAUCACUCUACUCUUUCCAAUUGGAUACUGGAUCAUCAGUAUUGAAUGCACGUUUCUCUACUAGAAUGAUUGUAGAUUCUAGAAUUGUACCAUCCAAGGUUCUUUUAUUGGAUGCCAAUGAUGAACUCUAUGGCAAGGUCAACACUACCGAAAAGGAGUACAAUCUUUUAGUAGCCAUGCAAUCACCACAUUUCACUGAAUCGACUGUCCUCGAUCCAACAUUCUCAUCACUUCUCAAGAGUGAAACCAAAACAGAGUGUGGUUCCACUUCAAAUUGGCGUAUUCCUGUUAUCGUUGUAUGCAGUGUAGUUGGUGGAGCACUUGUCUUCCUCUCUGCUUUCCUCGUACAAAGAAAACUUCGUCAUAAAACUUUAAAUUCUAUUCAAAUGUCAAAGAAACGUUAUGUCGAUUAA